AUGCUCCCACUUCUACUCUUGGGAUUACUACUGAUAUUGUGGCUAUUCUGGAUGAUUAAGGUCAAGCAGAUGCUGGAGAAAGGGGGGGAAAUAGUGACUGGCUGUGGAACCCCUGCAGCUGCAGCACAGGAGGAGAGGCAAGCGGCCGAUAGAUCCGCUGCGGCUGCACACACCCCUGCUCCACCCCCUACUAAACAAUCCACACCCAUGGGUCUUGCAGCAUCUACCUCAACAGAUAGCGGGGACAACCGUCCCCUAACCCACAUUGACCCCACUGUCGGUCCCAUGAUACCCAGGGCAGGGGGUUCCCAGGCUCCUCAGACCUCUUCGGAGGAAAUGAAUCACACACAGCCGUCCCUUCCCUUCGUUGUCCCUCAGCCUCCCAGUAGAACGAUCAGGCCCAAACUCAUCUCAGGCCUAGAAGCUCGACAAGCGCGCCCCAAGUUCAUCCUGGGGGCAUCGGAGGACAAUUCUUCAGAUGAAGAUCUGCCUUUGACCAUGAAACCCCCUACAGGUUUUGGUUCCUCUCAGGCAGUGGCCACCUCCUGCCUACGACAAACCGUAUCAGCAACCUCAACCACCUUCUCCCCCCCACAGCAAGUUACAUCAGUAACAUCAACCCCUACCUCCCAUGGCAUGAGGCCUAGCAUGUCUCACCCACAUCUGGUGAGGAAGGGUCGCGAGCACCGAAAAAUUGAGCUGCAAAGAGACUUCACCGUGGCCUCGCCGGCUGAGUUUGUCACCCGCUUCGGAGGAACCCGUGUGAUAGAUAAGGUGCUGAUAGCUAAUAAUGGCAUAGCGGCGGUCAAAUGUAUGCGUUCCAUCCGCCGUUGGUCCUACGAGAUGUUCCGGAAUGAGAAGACCAUCCGUUUUGUAGUGAUGGUCACCCCUGAGGACCUGAAAGCGAACGCAGAGUAUAUCAAAAUGGCGGACCACUAUGUACCCGUACCCGGCGGCGCCAACAACAACAACUAUGCCAACGUAGAGUUGAUAGUGGACAUCGCCAAGAGGAUCCCUGUACAGGCGGUCUGGGUUGGAUGGGGUCACGCCUCUGAGAACCCCAAACUGCCUGAGCUCUUGGACAAGAACGGAAUCUCCUUCUUAGGGCCAUCCAGUAAGGCCAUGUGGGCCCUGGGUGAUAAGGUGGCCUCCUCCAUCGUGGCCCAGAGCGCAGACAUCCCCACCCUGCCCUGGAGUGGAUCAGGUCUGAGAGUAGACUGGACAGAGGAUGACCAGAGGCUCGGCCACGUGAUCAGCGUGCCUCCAGAGGUCUACGUGCACGGCUGCGUGCGUGAUGUUGACGUUGGACUUGCGGGAGCAGACAGAAUUGGCUACCCGGUGGUGAUAAAAGCGUCAGAAGGAGGAGGGGGUAAGGGCAUCCGGAAGGUGGACAACGCUGAGGACUUUGCCAGCUUCUUUAGACAGGUGCAGUCGGAGGUGCCUGGCUCGCCCAUCUUCGUCAUGCAGUUGGCCCAGCAUGCCCGUCACCUGGAAGUCCAGAUCCUUGCCGACCAGUAUGGCAACGCAAUCUCCCUGUUUGGCCGAGACUGCUCCAUCCAGCGGAGACACCAGAAGAUCAUUGAGGAGGCCCCGGCCACCAUAGCAUCUUCCACCACCUUUGAGCACAUGGAGCAGUAUGCAGUGCGGAUGGCUAAGAUGGUGGGCUACGUGAGCGCAGGCACCGUGGAGUACCUCUUCUCUGAAGACGGGAGCUUCCACUUCUUAGAGCUCAACCCCCGUCUGCAGGUAGAACACCCCUGCACAGAGAUGAUUGGGGAUGUCAACCUGCCUGCCGCCCAGCUACAGAUAGCUAUGGGGAUCCCCCUCCACAGGAUCAAAGACAUCCGCAUGCUUUAUGGAGAGGCCCCUUGGGGGGACACCACCAUCAACUUUGAGGCCCCCGACUGUGUACCCAGUCCCCGGGGACACGUCAUCGCGGCCCGCAUCACCAGCGAGAACCCAGACGAGGGCUUCAAGCCCAGCUCGGGCACAGUGCAGGAGCUCAACUUCCGCAGCAGUAAGAACGUGUGGGGCUACUUCAGUGUCGGGGCUACCGGGGGUUUGCACGAGUUUGCUGACUCCCAGUUCGGCCACUGCUUCUCCUGGGGGGAGAACCGAGAGGAGGCCAUUUCGAACAUGGUGGUGGCCAUGAAGGAGCUGUGUAUCCGAGGGGACUUCAGGACCACGGUGGAGUACCUCAUCAAGCUGCUGGAGACAGAGAGCUUCAGGAACAACGACAUCCACACCGGCUGGUUGGAUAAUCUCAUCGCAGAUAAAGUUCAGGCGGAGAGGCCAGACACCAUGCUGGGCAUUGUCUGCGGGUCGUUACACGUGGCGGACUCUAGUUUCAGGAAGAGCAUGUCCGACUUCCUGCACUCACUGGAAAGGGGCCAGGUGCUGCCUGCAGCCAGUUUGCUCAAUACUGUCGAGGUGGACCUGGUCUAUGAGGGGAUCAAAUACUGCCUCAAGGUGGCUCGCCAAUCCCCCACCACGUACGUUGUCAUCAUGAAUGGCUCGGACAUUGAGAUCGAUGUCCAUCGGCUGAGUGACGGCGGCCUCUUGCUCUCCUACAACGGCAGCAGCUACACCACCUACAUGAAGGAGGAAGUGGCCAGCUACCGGAUCACUGUUGGCAACAAGACGUGUGUGUUUGAGAAGGAGAAAGACCCUACAGUGCUGAGGUCGUCCUCUGCUGGUAAGCUCCUGCUGUACCUGGUGGAGGACGGAGGCCAUAUCUGUGCAGGGAACUCGUAUGCAGAGAUCGAGGUCAUGAAGAUGGUGAUGACACUGACAGUGGUGGAGUCUGGCUGUGUCCACUAUGUGAAGAGGCAUGGGGCGAUGCUGGAGCCUGGCUGUGUGGUGGCACGCAUGGACCUGGACAACCCCAGCAGCAUCCAUCCAGUGGAACUGAACACAGCCUCUCUCCCAGCCCAGCAGCCGCUGCCCAUCGUGGGGGAGAAGCUCCACCAGGUCUUCCACAUGGUCCUGGAGAACCUGGUCAAGGUUAUGGAUGGCUACUGCCUCACCGAGCCCUACUUCAGCAACAAGGUGAAGCUCUGGGUGGGCUCCCUGAUGAAGACCCUGCGGGACCCCUCGCUUCCCCUGCUGGAGCUGCAGGAGAUCAUGACCAGCGUGUCCAGCCGUAUCCCGCCCGGUGUGGAGAAGGCCAUCCGCAAAGUCAUGGCCCAGUACGCCAGCAACAUCACCUCGGUGCUCUGCCAGUUCCCCAGCCAAAGGAUUGCCUGUAUCCUGGACAGCCAUGCGGCCACCUUACAGAGGAAGGCUGACCGGGAAGUGUUCUUCAUGAACACUCAGAGUAUCGUCCAGCUGGUGCAGAGGUACCGCAGUGGAAUCCGGGGUUACAUGAAGUCUGUGGUGCUUGAUCUGCUCAACCGUUACCUUCAGGUUGAAAUGCAGUUCCAGCAAGCUCACUACGACAAGUGUGUGAUCAACCUGAGGGAGCAGUACAAGCCUGACAUGACCCCUGUGCUGGAGAGCAUCUUUUCUCACGCCCAAGUAUCCAAAAAGAACAUCCUGGUCACUAUGCUUAUUGAUCAGCUAUGUGGCCGGGACCCCACCAUAACAGACGAGCUGAUGGCCAUCCUGAACGAGCUCACACAGCUCAACAAGAUGGAGAACUCAAAGGUGGCUCUGCGUGCCAGACAGGUUUUGAUAGCUUCCCAUCUGCCCUCUUAUGAACUGAGGCACAACCAGGUGGAGUCCAUCUUUCUGUCUGCCAUUGACAUAUAUGGGCACCAGUUCUGCCCAGAGAACCUGAAGAAACUCAUCCUGUCUGAGACCACUAUCUUCGAUGUUUUGCCCAAUUUCUUCUACCAUUCUAACCGGGUGGUGUGCAUGGCUGCCUUGGAGGUGUACGUACGCAGGGGCUACAUUGCUUAUGAGCUGAACAGCCUCCAGCAUCGCCAGUUGCAGGACGGGACGUGUGCUGUAGACUUCCAGUUCAUGUUGCCGUCGUCCCACCCCAACAGAGGGAGCAGCCCUACUCUGAACAGGGUGGCGAUGCCGGUGAACAGCACAGGGCAGUUUGAGAUGAGGCGGCAGGGUAGCGAGCUCUUCCUAGAAGGGGCACUCUCUCCCCCCUGUCAGCGCAUGGGGGCCAUGGUGGCCUUCCAAUGUUUUGAAGACUUCAAAAGGAACUUUGACGAGGUCAUCUCCAGCUUUGCUGACCCGCUCCUGGAGAGCCCGCUGUUCUCCGAGGCCUGCCCCAGCCUCUACGAGGAGGACAACUGCAAGAACAUGAGGGAGAACCCCAUCCAUAUCAUCAAUGUGUCCAUCAAGUCGGCAGACACAGAGAAUGACCAUGCCUUGGUCACAUCCUUCGCUGCCUUCGCCCAGUCUAAGAAAGUUUUACUCUUUGAGCACGGCAUCCGAAGGAUCACGUUUUUAGUCGCACAGAGGAGGGAAUUUCCCAAGUUCUUCACUUUCAGAGCCAGAGACGGGUUCCAGGAGGACCGUAUCUACAGGAACCUGGAGCCUGCUCUGGCCUUCCAGCUGGAGCUGAACCGCAUGCGUAACUUUGACCUGACAGCCGUGCCCUGUGCCAACCACAAGAUGCACCUGUACCUGGGCGCCGCCCGUGUGCAGGAGGGUGCCGAGGUCACCGAUUACCGCUUCUUCAUCCGAGCCAUCAUCCGCCACUCUGACCUCAUCACAAAGGAAGCAUCCUUUGAGUACCUGCAGAAUGAGGGCGAGCGUCUUCUCCUGGAGGCCAUGGACGAGCUGGAGGUAGCCUUCAGCAACAAUAAUGUGCGCACUGACUGCAACCACAUCUUCCUCAACUUUGUCCCCACCGUCAUCAUGGACCCCUCCAAGAUUGAGGAGUCAGUGCACUCCAUGGUGAUGCGUUACGGUAGUAGGCUGUGGAAGCUCCGGGUGCUCCAGGCCGAGUUGAAGAUCAAUAUUCGGCUGACGCCCACCGGGACCUCCAUCCCCAUCCACCUGUUCCUCACCAACGAGUCAGGCUACAACCUGGAUAUCAGCCUAUAUAAGGAAGUCACAGACCCCUCAACAGGACAGAUCAUGUUCCAGUCAUACGAGGACAAGCAGGGCCCUUUGCACGGCAUGCUCAUCAACCAUCCCUAUGUCACCAAGGACCUGCUGCAGUACAAGCGCUUCCAGGCUCAGACCCUGGGCACCACCUACGUCUACGACUUCCCUGAAAUGUUCCGACAAGCCCUCUUUAAGCUGUGGGGUCCGGGUGACAGUUACCCUAAAGACGUGCUGAUGUGCACUGAGCUGGUGCUGGACCCGCAGGACCGACUGGUGCAGAUGAACCGCCUGCCUGGAGACAACCAGGUGGGAAUGGUAGCCUUCCGGAUGCGAAUGAAGACGCCUGAGUAUCCCGAGAGCCGCGACAUCAUCGUCAUCUGCAACGACAUCACCUAUAUGAUUGGCUCGUUCGGGCCCCAGGAAGACCUGCUGUUCCUGCGGGCGUCGGAGCUGGCCCGGGACGAGGGCAUUCCUCGUAUCUACAUCUCAGCCAACAGCGGGGCGCGCAUUGGCCUGGCCGAGGAGAUACGACACAUGUUCCAGGUGGCCUGGAUCAACCCCCAGGACCCUUACAAGGGUUUCAAGUAUCUGUACCUGACGCCCCAGGACUACACCCGCAUCAGCUCUACCAACGCUGUCCACUGCCACCAUGUGGAGGAGGGAGGGGAGUCCAGGUACGUUAUCACUGAUAUCAUAGGGACCGAGGAGGGACUGGGGGUGGAGAACCUGAGGGGAUCAGGCACCAUCGCCGGGGAGACAUCCCAGGCCUACGAUGAGAUCAUCACCAUCAGCAUGGUGACGUGCCGUGCCAUUGGGAUCGGGGCCUAUCUGGUGCGUCUGGGGCAGAGGAUCAUCCAGGUGGAGAACUCCCACAUCAUCCUGACUGGGGCUGGAGCCCUCAACAAGGUCCUGGGCCGAGAAGUGUACACCUCCAACAACCAGCUGGGAGGUGUCCAGAUCAUGCACAACAAUGGCGUGACACACAGCACGGUGCCUGACGACUUCGAGGGCGUUUUCACCAUCCUGCAGUGGCUCUCCUUUAUGCCAAAGAACAAGCACUCUCCGGUGCCGAUGAUCCCACCCAAGGACCCAGUGGAGAGGGAGAUUGAGUUCACCCCCACCAAGGCUCCCUAUGACCCCCGCUGGCUCCUGGCCGGGAGGCCCCACCCCACUGUGAAAGGAGCCUGGCAGAGUGGAUUCUGUGACCAUGGCUCCUUCAUGGAGGUACUGGGAUCUUGGGCCCAGACAGUAGUGGUAGGCAGAGCCAGGUUAGGAGGGAUUCCUAUUGGUGUCAUCGCAGUGGAAACACGCACCGUUGAGGUGGCUAUCCCGGCCGAUCCAGCCAACUUGGACUCUGAGGCCAGACUGGUGCAACAGGCUGGCCAGGUGUGGUUCCCGGACUCAGCCUUUAAGACGGCCCAGGCCAUCCGUGACUUCAACCGCGAGCGGCUGCCUCUAAUGGUGUUCGCCAACUGGAGAGGCUUCUCCGGGGGAAUGAAAGACAUGUACGACCAGGUGCUGAAGUUCGGUGCCUACAUCGUGGAUGGCCUACGGGAGUUUCGCCAGCCCGUGUUGAUCUACAUCCCGCCGCACGCCGAGCUGAGAGGGGGAUCCUGGGUAGUGAUCGACCCCACCAUCAACCCUCUGUGCAUGGAGCUCUACGCAGACAAGGAGAGCAGGGGUGGUGUGCUCGAGGCAGAGGGCACUGUUGAGAUUAAGUAUCGCAGGAAAGACCUGUUGAAGACCAUGCGCCGAAUCGACUCAAUAUACGCCGUUCUGGCUGAAAAGCUUGGUACACCCGAGCUGACGGACAAACAGCGGCGGGAGCUGGAGGCCAAGCUGAGUGCCAGAGAGGAGUUCCUACUGCCCAUUUACCACCAGGUGGCAGUGCAGUUUGUGGACCUCCACGACACUCCUGGUAGGAUGCAGGAGAAGGGCGCCAUCACGGACAUCCUGGACUGGAAGAACGUGCGGAGCUUCUUCUACUGGCGUCUGCGGCGCCUCCUGCUGGAGGGCGUGGUGAAGUGUGAGGUCCUGCAGGCCAACCCAGAGCUGAGUGACGGACACAUCCAGUCCAUGUUGCGCCGCUGGUUUGUGGAGACUGAGGGAACAGUCCAGGCGUACCUUUGGGACAACAACAAAGCGGUGGUGGAUUGGCUGGAGAAACAUUUGACCAAAGAGGACGGCACACGAUCAGCCAUCAGAGAGAACAUCAAGUACCUGAAGAGGGACCACGCCUUAAAACACAUCCGCAGCCUGGUGCAGGCCAAUCCUGAGUUGACCAUGGACUGCAUCAUCCACAUGAGCCAGACCAUCACUCCGUCCCAGAGGGCCAAGAUUUCCCACCUGCUGGCCACGAUGGACGGCACAGCCCCCAGUUAAACUCCAGGUCUGAGCUAAGCUGCCUGACGCCUUAAACAAGACAUCUAUGUAGUUGUCCCAUACGAGAGAGACUAGAGAAGUAGACGUGUGGAUCCUAGGGCCAGCAUCUUCUCCAGUGCAUCCUACUUUCUGUUGUAAUCAGGUGAGCCAAUAAAGCUAAGACUAAAGCCUGUCUUAUUCUCAGGGUUAGGGCUAGUUAGUGCUACUCACUCACUGUAACCAGGCACAGCAGAGAUUCACCCUGCCACUGCACAUGUACUACAUGCUGUGAUUGGACAUGUUUAGGAUGUUCCAAGCAGGCCUGGGUUCAAAUACUAUCUCGGAUCAUUUCAAAUACUGUAUUUGAGCUUGCCUGUUCCAAUAGAACCAAUAGAAAAUGAUCAAAGGUACAAACCACACCCACCUGACACUACAGGCAGGCGGAAAGAAUGGUCUGGUUCCAUGUAGCGGUUGACAUUGCUGUGAUCAGAGGGAACAGCCACUACUCACUGGCAUUUCAAAUGCACAUUAUCAAUAGGAUGGGAAAACCCAUAUAUUUAAAAAAUGUAACAUUCAUUGAAUGGAUUGAACCAUGGGCCUUUUUGUCAGUAUUCUAAUAAAGAUUCUCAUUGCUAUCCUUUGAAUGUACGGCAUACUGUACGAAGGGGAAUGUUCUUUUUUCUUUCCCUAAUUAAACCAAAGGUUAGUUUUUAGGUCAGUGUCGUCUUUAAAAGCCUAACUAUGUGCAAUUUGAAAGUCAGGUAAAAGCUUUUUUUGUAUUUAACAUUACCACCCGGUGUUUAUUCUUGUACCCUUGAAUUUCUUUCUUUGUAUUAUUGGUGUUUGACUGAAUUAGAAAUACACCUGUGUUUUUCCUGAGUCAUUUCAUUUGUAUUUUCAUCCAAAUUGGCGACAGAUUUUCAUGCUAAUAUUCUAAAAUUAGCAUAAAAACAAUGUGUGCAUUUUCCCACCUGAGAUGUGUUUCCAUCAAAUUGACUUGGUGCGGAUAAAAGGCUGUGCGUGAUGAGGUAUGCUCAAAAAAAUGACUUUUGCUGUUAAAUUCCCAUUUACCGAAUUUAAAUAAAAUAAAAAACAUGUUAAAUGGGUUUCUGUCGGAUUUUCAACUUUACUGAUGGUUUUAACACAUUUUUUUUUAUAUAUAUAGCGAAUGUGCUCAUUCAGGUGGAAUCAUUUGCGUGCUAGCCAACAACUCGCAGAUAUACAGUGCAGGUGGGCUAGCCUAUCAUGGACAAAAGAGUGAGAUCAUUUUGAUUUGUCAAACGGCAGCCAAGCUUUGAUCAUCAUGUCACCAGAAUAAGACCCUCAAUAUUUAUUGGAAAGGAGCAUCAAGCUCAUCACCGUGCACUUUCACCACCCUGUGAAGUUCAUCAUCAUUCAUCUGUAGCCUAAUUAACUGCAUGCUUUCCCAACCAGUCUAGUGGGAGGACCACACAACAUGUCAUCACGUGACUCCAAGUUUACUUUGAUAUGAUGGUUAUUAUAGCAAUAUUUAUGCAUAAAGGCAUUUUCACCGCCAUUUCUCACAUAAUACAUUUUACAGACACAAAAAUAACCCACCUGAUAAUAACCCACCUGAUAAUAACCCACCUGAUAAUAACCCACCUGAUAAUAACCCACCUUAUAAUAACCCACCUUAUAAUAACCCACCUGAUAAUAACCCACCUGAUAAUAACCCACCUUAUAAUAACCCACCUGAUAAUAACCCACCUGAUAAUAACCCACCUUAUAAUAACCCACCUUAUAAUAACCCACCUGAUAAUAACCCACCUGAUAAUAACCCACCUUAUAAUAACCCACCUGAUAAUAACCCACCUGAUAAUAACCCACCUUAUAAUAACCCACCUGAUAAUAACCCACCUGAUAAUAACCCACCUGAUAAUAACCCACCUUAUAAUAACCCACCUGAUAAUAACCCACCUGAUAAUAACCCACCUGAUAAUAACCCAC